AUGUUGAACCUCACUCUCUACCGCGGCUGGCUCGAUCCAAACCGCUACGUCUGGUCCCCCUUCGUAGUCAAACUCGAAGCCAGGCUACGUUUCGCCGGGGUCCCAUAUAAAACAGCCUCAGGGUCUGUCAAAACAGCACCGAAAGGCAAAAUCCCCUAUAUCGAAAUCACCGAUGGCGAUGAUGGCAGCACUCCUGCUAGCAUUGGCGAUUCAACCCUCAUCAUCAAGCAUCUGAUCGAGCGAGGGAUUCUCCAAGAUUUAAACGCUGGCUUAUGGCGUUCAGAUCGAGCACACGAUCUAGCCACUCGUGCUUUACUGGAGGAUAAGCUGUAUUUCUAUAAUACCCGCGAAAGAUGGACAGAAAACUACUACACCAUGCGCGACCACGUUCUCAGCGCUAUCCCCUACCUGAUUAGAGUAUUCGUUGGUCUGCUCAUAUACCGCUCAACCGUGCAGACUUUACAUGGCCAAGGAACGGGGCGCUACUCGGCAGACGAAAUCGAGAAAUUCCGCGAGGAAGCUUGGGGAGCCGUGAAUGACUUACUCGUCGCGUCCAAGGUGAAGGCGCAGGACCGUGCUGGUCCGUUCUGGGUGCUAGGUGGUGAAACACCCACUGAGGCUGACGCGACAGUAUUUGGGUUUGUGGUUUCGGCUCUAAUAUGCGAAGCUGGACCAAAGACGAAGGAGUUGGUAAUGGGACUGCCUGUGACGAGGGAGUAUGCCAGGAGGAUCCAUGACACCUAUUUUCCGGAUUAUGAGUGGGUUGAGUAG